AACUCCCUCUGUGUCAGACAACCAAACUCCCCCACGUUUUCACAGCAACCGACAUCUUUGCCUUGUUCAAUUAUACUCACCUUCCUCACAUAUACAUCUCAUCACAUUACCAGUAUAAUGGAUUCCUGCUCCCUCUUCAGCGUCAAGGGCAAAGUCGUCCUCAUUACCGGCGGAGCCAAAGGCAUUGGUCGUAUGAUCGCCGAGGGCUUCGUCGCCUCGGGCGCCAAAGUGUACAUUUCCGGCCGCGACGCAAAGGCCUGCACAGAGACUGCUGCAGCACUCGGCCCGUCAGCGGUAGCCGUCCCAGCUAAUCUGCAAAAGUACGAGGAGUGCCAGCGUCUCGUGGACGAGAUUACCCGCCUGGAGCCCGGUGGCUUGCACGUUCUUAUCAACAAUGCCGCGGCCAACUGGGGCGAGGGCAUCGACACGUACCCCGACGCUGCAUGGGACAAGGUGAUGACGCUGAAUGUGCAGCGUGUGUUUACCCUGUCGCAGAUGAGCUUGCCGCUGCUGGAGAAGGCCGGCUCGCGCGAGGACCCUGCGCGCAUCAUUCACAUUGGUAGCAUUGACGGCAUUCGCACGCCGGUGCUGUCCAACUACGCCUACUCGGCGAGUAAGGCGGCCCUGCACCACUUGUCGCGCGCUAUGGCGAGAGAGCUGGGCCCUAGAAACAUUACGAGCAAUACUGUUGCGUACGGCCCGUUUCCUACGAAAAUGAUGAAACAUGUCAUGGAGACGUCGGGCGAUGUCAUCCGUGAAGAGGUGCCUCUUCGCCGCGUGGGCCGUCCUGAGGAUGCCGCGGGAACGUGCAUGUUCCUUGCUAGCAAGGCCGGAUCUUACUGCAACGGUGCGCUGCUGACUUGCGACGGUGGUUCGGCUUUGUUGUCUAAGAUGUAAAAGGAUUUAGUUUGUAUAAUUACUGAAAGAGGCUGCAUCGUUUUACGUAAAGCGCAGUACAUCACUUGCAUAGAUGACGACAAAAAAUUGUAGAGGGCCAUAUGGCCAAAAGAAUCUAUUAAAAGCAAAGUGCCAGAACUCCUAACCGGGGUAUACUCGCUGUAUAUGUAUAUACUGUAUGUGUGUUGUGUAGUGUUGUGUAGAGCCUUUCAUAGGUGAGAGUGGUGUGUGAGGCGAGCGUGUGAAGCUCGCCACCGAGCAAAGAGCAACGCGCGCUGAUGCAACAAACGAAAUCAAAAACGCAAACAAAAGUCUCGAAAUCCUUUCCGUCUCUCGGUUAGACUUGACCGCUAGUCAAGCCACUGUAGUCUAUCGCAUGUAUGUGUCUGUGCCUGUGUGUUCCGAAGCAUGCCGACCGUGAGAGCCGGCCAGCAAAAAGACGGCCAACCAACGCCAGCAGAGAAGAAGCGUACUCUGCUCAACCGAAAUAAAAAAUACUGCUUCAACAGUAGACAGCGAUCGUAUUUUAUAGGCCGCAAUUUUCGAAAUCACGGACCAUGACGGCGACCUGCGCCCGCUUCGCCGCCUCGGCCACCAGUGUAAAGUCCUUGAGGAAGAGAUCCGUCGACGGCUGUUUCGUCUGCGCAGGUUGCGGCAUGGUCAUCGGCGUAGCAGCAGAUUUAGGGCCCGACAUGGCCGACGAGCCCUUUGUGCUUGGUGAUGAGAUGGGAGCGUUCAUUGUGAAAAGAUCGGUGCGGUAUGGUACGGUAGAGAGUGUGUUGGUCGUGUGUGUGUAUGUCAGAUUUGGAGAAGCAAGCCGUGUCGUAUGCUGACGAGCGUGCGUAAUCUGUGAAAAUGACGAGAGUUUUGUGCGUGGCCAAGUUGCACGAGACUGAAAAGUAUGAUGCAGGGUCCGGAGUAGACUUGAGACGGCGCAAAAUUAAGUCUUUGUUGGAUGCAGUACAGUCGAUCACAAGCUAGUCUCGGAAGUUGGGGUCGGUCGGCGGUGGUGCAGCAGUUGGCUGUUUGCGGGGGUGGGUGUGUGUCGCUGCAAAAAAAAACCCUGAAAGCGAAAACGCUUGCAGAUGGUCGUAACGGCUGCACUAUUGCUGCUGUGAAUCGAAAAAGCACAGUAGAGAAGAUUGAGGAGAAGAACGGAAGAGACUGAGAAGAGUUUUUGUGGUGACAAGAUGAGAAAGACGAGGCAAACAGAGUUUCACGAGUCAAAAAGGGAAAAGCCGGACUUUUCCUUGUGGUGGUGUGAGCCCGUACAGCAGGCAGGACACUGCAGAACAGUGGUUGGCCGGCGGUGGUGGGGGUACCAAAUCCAACUCCACUGGAAAAGGCAAAGGAAGCGCUGGGGGCCUACGCUAAAAUGACGGUACGUUUGGGGCUUAGCGCCGGAAAAAAAAAAAGACGAAAAAAGAGGCACGGACUUGGCUCGGCAAAAACAGUGGCGGCCUGAACAAUGGGCCUCGGGGUUG